AUGGGAUGCAGGUGGAUGGACAGUUAAACGUAACACUUUUCUAACACAAAUACUUUUGCCAGUUGGCCUGUCAUCAGCACCAUGCCUGAGCUGCAGACCUUCUACCAGACCCACCACAUCAUUCACCACACCCCAGGUCUUUACCUGGACCCCACCCUCUUACAGCGGCGAAUGCUUGAUGACCAAGUGGAGCUGUGGUGGUUCAGAGAUCCUCGCCGCUCCCUGUUGUGUUAUUGUGCCUCGGUGGUCCUCAUUAUGGGUCUGGGCCUGGGUGGCGUGGGCCUCCUCUCCACAACCACCAGCCUGUCGGGGGAGUGGCGCCUCGGGGUAGGCACCACGCUCUGCCUCUUAGCCCUGGCUGUUCUGCUGAAGCAGCUUCUGAGCUCCGCCAUCCAGGACAUGAACUGUGUGCGCAGCCGGCGACGCAUCGAGCAGAUGAAGAGCGGCGGGAGGGCGGACCCUGCGCUCAUCUUAGCAGUGGGCGUGGCUGUGAUGCUCUGUGGGACCGUUCUGCUCUUCGUGGCCACGACGGGUGGCAGAGGUCAUGACAGGAAGGAGAUGUUGGCGUCCAGUCUGGUGCUGCUCGCUGCUGGAGCAGGAAUGGCUCUUGCAGUGUUUGGCUACAGUUUGCUUGUCUACCUGAAGAGAAGACAGGAGGAGAGGAGGAGGAUGAUGAUGAGGAUGAACAGAGCGAGGAUGCUGGGGAGCCGAGCGGUCAGAGUGUUCAGUGUCUCAGCAGGGCAGAUGAGCCCGGUCAGGAGAGACAUGUCCUCCAGCAGGAUCAGUCUCAUCUGAACAAACUGAAUGACCAAAAUCACAACCUCUGAGGUUAAAAGCCUCUGCAGAAG